AUGGAAAUUCUCAUCUCUUCAACCUCUAAAACCAUUCCAUUCCUAUUUUUCCGCAACCCCAAAUUCUCAUCAAACUGUAACAACCCAUUUCACAGAAACCGUUUCCCUUUCUAUCUAACAACUUCCACUUCAAGAAAGUUUCAAACUUGGGCCCAUUUCGGACGACCCACCAACCGCAGGAAUUCUCUGAGGAAGAAGCUUCUUCAGGAUAAUCAGGUACGCCUCAAUCGAAUUCCCAAUGACCCGUCUUCUGUUUCUAGUAAUGAUGUUGAAAAGAGUGAUGUAAGUUUUCUAAGGGUGAUAGUUAAUGAUGAUGAUGAGAGUGUUGUUGAAUUGGAAAAAGAAAAAUCUAAGCUUUUAGGUGAAUCUGUUUUGUUGAAUAAAUUGGAGAAUUGGGUUGAUCAGUAUAGUAAAGAUAUUGAGUUUUGGGGUAUUGGGUCUGGUCCUAUAUUUACUGUUUAUGAAGAUUCAUUAGGAGGUAUUAGAAGGGUUUUAGUUGAUGAACAAGAGAUUUUGAGAAGAGUUAGGGUUCAGAAAGGUGGAAAUAAAAUUGAGGAUUUAUCUGAAGUGAAGUUUAAGAUUUUGGAGGCUAAGAAGCUAGCGAGGGAUAUGGAGAGUGGUGAUAAUGUGAUUGCAAGGAAUAGUUCUGUGGCUAAGUUUGUUGUUAAAGGUAAGGAGGAGAAGGAGGAGGGUGGUUUUGUUAAGGCUGUUUGUGGCUCUGUCGCUCAACCUCGGUUGCCUUCGAAGGUUUCUGGGGUUGGUGGCAAAGUAUUGAUUGUUUUGGUUGUAAUGUUUGCGGUGAAGAAAUUGUUUAGUUUUGGAGGUAAAGAGGUUCGGUAUACAGAAGCAGAGAAGAAAAUGAUGAUGAGGAAGGUAAAGGCUAGAAAGGAGAAAGAGAUGCAUACGAAGGGUGCUGUUGAAGUUAUUCAUGAAUCUACGGCAACAUCGGUGAUAGGCUUUAAAAAGCCGAAGUUAGAUAAGGAACAGCUUAAGAAUACUAUUCUUAAAGCUAAGGCUUCUUCUGAUAAACUUGUAGUUCAGAAUUUGUCUGAUGAAGUGAGAACUGGAUCGGUUGAUAUGGACUAUAAAGUUCGAGAAAUCAGAGAAAUGGCGAAGCGGGCACGAGAAAUUGAAGGAAGAGAUCGUUCUUUAGUUAGUAAGGAUGUGGAAAGGGAUGAUCCUGUCAAUGGGAAACCCUCCAAUGAGAGUGAAGACAUUAAAAAGAAUGGCAAACAAGAUAACAGUUUAAGUUAUCAUCAAAAUGAAGUUGCCAUGAAAGCAACAGAUAGUAAUGGAGUUCUGCAAACAACUUCUGAUGAUGUUAUGGAGAACAGUGAAAAUUCAAUCCUGCAUGAGGUAGUUCACGAUGAUAGAGAAAUCAAUGAAGGGGAAAUAGAAAUUAACGGACAUGCUAUGGCCCUCGAGGACGACAAAGACAAUAAAUUCUCACGUACUCCGAUUAAUGACUCAUUUAUGACAAAUAAAAGUUCAGCGAACAAGAAACCGAGGAUCAUACGGUCCGUUAAGGAAGCUAAGGAUUAUCUUUCAAAGAAACAUGACAAACAAAAUCCUUAUACAAAAUCUAAAAUUAAAAUCGAGAAAGAAAAUACUGCUGAUUCAAAGCCAUCCAAAUUUGAUGAUUAUAACAACCAAAAGUCGCAAAAUUUGGAGAUGAAUGAUACAAUUGUGUCCCGAAGUGACACAUUAAACGGAGUGCCGUGUUCUAAGCCUGACAUAUAUGCCAGUGAAGAUUCUAAUCAGAAGGAAAGGGAAAAGAGCCUGACAGAGAAUGAGUGCUUGAAAGAUUCUGGUAUUGAACCUGGAUUGGACGACCUUCAAAAGUUCGAGACCACUUUAGACAUUAACAGCCUUGGUGCAGAGGCAAGUCUACCGGUGAAGAAAAGCUUCCUUGAAGUUGAGCCAACAAUUGAUACUUUAAAUAUGAUAUCAGAUUCUACGCCUGACCUAAAUCCGAAUGAAGAUUCUGAUGAGAAGGAUAAUAAAUUCAGCCAAACAGAGAUUGACAACAUCAAAGACUCCGAUGUUGAACCUUCUAUUGAACAUAGAUUGGAAGAACUUCAAAAGUGUGAAACCACUUUAGACCUUGAAGUUAUUGGCACUGGUACAGAGGCAAGUAUAUCGGUGGACAAAAGCUUCCAUGAAGUUGAGCUGACAAUUAAACAAAAUAGAAGUGAUACUUUAAAUAUGAUACCAGAUUCUAGGCCUGAUCUAAAUCCGAGUGAAGAUUCUGAUGAGAAGGAUAAUAAAUUCAGCCAAACAAAGAUUGACAACAUUAAAGACGCUGAUGUUAAACCUGGAGUGGGAAAUCCUCAAAAUUCUGAGACUAAUUCGGACUAUGAAGUUAAUGGUGAUAGACGCAAGAAACGAUUUUCUGGAAAGACAGAAAAUUGGCUGGAGACAAAUUUUCAUGAAGUUGAGCCUAUAAUUAAGCAAAUUAGAGCUGGAUUUCGAGAUAACUACGCGGUUGCAAAAGAAAGAGUUGAUCAAACUUUGGAUAUACCAACUGAGGCGGAGUCACUCGGUGAAGAUGGCGGAGAACUUGACUGGAUGCAGAAUGAUCAUCUUAGGGACAUUGUGUUUAGAGUCCGUGAUAAUGAACUGUCUGGACGAGAACCAUUCCAUUUGAUGAAUGACGAAGAUAAAGAAGCUUUCUUCGAAGGUCUUGAGAAAAAAGUGGUGAAAGAAAACAAAAAACUUUCUCACCUCCAUGAAUGGCUCCAUUCAAAUAUCGAAAAUCUUGAUUACGGAGCAGAUGGCAUUAGUAUAUAUGAUUCACCUGAAAAAAUCAUACCGCGUUGGAAAGGACCUUCUGCCGAGAAAAUUCCCGAGUCCCUAAAUGAAUUCCUCGAGAAAAAAAGAAAGACAACUUCCUCCAAAAACUUGAACCCGGUGAAGAAGGAUGAGAAGGACUCUACUAAAAAUUCACCUGAUUCAUCUUCAAAAGUAAAGGUUGAUGGUUCUAUAGCGCCAGUUAAGAAGUCAAAAACACCAAAGACUAUUGUUGAAGGUAGUGAUGGUUCUGUUAAAGCUGGCAAAAAAUCGGGGAAGGAAUAUUGGCAGCACACAAAGAAGUGGUCUCAGGAAUUUUUGGAGUGUUACAAUGCUGAGACAGACGCAGAAGUUAAGUCCGUAAUGAAGGAUAUCGGGAAGGAUUUGGAUCGUUGGAUCACUAAAAAAGAAGUCGAGGAUGCAGCUGAUCUGAUGAAGAGUUUGCCUGAUAAGAAUAGGAGUUUCGUGGAAAAGAAACUCAACAAGCUUAAAAGAGAGAUGGAGUUGUUCGGACCGCAAGCAGUGGUUAGCAAAUAUCGUGAAUAUACAGACGACGAAGAAGAAGAUUACUUAUGGUGGUUAGAUCUUCCAUAUGUUCUGUGUAUUGAGGUAUACACAGUUGAAGAUGAAGAACAAAGAAUCGGAUUUUAUUCAUUGGAGAUGGCUCCCGAUCUUGAAUUGGAGCCUAAACCAUGUCACGUGAUUGCUUUCCAAGAUCCCGGUGACUGCAAAAACCUUUGUUACAUAAUUCAGACACACAUGGAAAUGCUUGGAAGCGGCAAUGCCUUUGUUGUUGCACGACCUCCUAAGGAUGCUUUUCGGGACGCUAAAGAAAGUGGUUUUGGUGUUACAGUCAUCAAGAAAGGUGAAAUUCAGCUUGAUAUAGACCAACCACUAGAAGAAGUGGAGGAACAGAUUACAGAGAUUGGAAGCAAAAUGUAUCAUGAUAGGAUGAUGAAGGAUCGAUCCGUGGAUAUAAACUCGAUAAUGAAGGGUGUGUUUGGUGUUAAUGUCUCCAACAAGAGGUUAAAAAGGAAGUUGAAGUAA